AUGGUUUCUCAAAAGUAUCACACUCCAUUCUGUAUCAAGAACUGUAAGAUCGAACAUCACGACUUAGUCACCGUUUUGUGCUUGGAUAGUUCGCAAAAAUCCGACGAGCUUCCCGACUUACUGAAGGAAUGCAUUGAAUCGUACGGCAGGAGCUGGGAUCGCAAUAGCAAUGUCCCUGAUCCCUUAGAAGACCUAAGAUGUCCCCUGUUAUACCUUGCCUCUGCAUUCGGCAAGGCAGGCCUGGUGAAAGCACUCCUACAGGACGGCUUUGAUCCGCACGUUCUCAACUCCUGCGGUGAGACCGCCUUGCACGGUGCUGUCGAGUACAUUUACAGAACAGGUUCCUUGCAGACCAGAGGCUUGAAAGUGGCAUCAACUUUAGGGCCCAUUAAAAACAGGAGGAAAGCGUUUGAGCGAAUUUUGGUCGCUUUGACUGACAGCGAUCCCAAGAUCAUAUUUGUACCAGACAACAACGGAAAUACAGUUUUUCAUGCCGUAGCUGAAAAUGUUUGGAAUGAUCGAGAAAGUGACCGGCUUGGAAAAAGUGCCACGUUUUACCAAUUCUGUAUGAGUAGUAUGGUGAACCGGGUGUUAGAGAUGGAAGAAGCUGGACAGGUCACAAGAACCGAAACGUUAGAGGGCUUAAAUGCACAGAACAAUGAAGGAGAUACGAUUUUUCACAUCUUGGCGCGAGAUUAUGCCUACGGUUUUAAGACCAUGAAACAAAUUCUGAAAAUUUUCUUUCCUGGUGAAGUGCCGUCCAUAGUCAACAAAGAGAACCAGACUGUCCCCGACAUCGCGUUGGCACGCAAUCGUAAGAGAGCGACGCAAGUUUUUCCGGAAUUUUUAGCGAAAAGUGAGAGUGUGAUCACAAUCAGCUCAGAAUCCGACAUUUCGGACAACGACUCACAAACUCCCAGCACCUCAAGGGAUUCGGGACCUUCUGCGAUCACAAACAGAGAUCGUCCAAUUGUCAUCUCUGAUAGCAAUGUACCACAGAUCACCUACACUAUCGAAGAAGAGGACGAUGGUUCCGAUGAAGCCAUCACUGUUUCACGGGAGACUGACGCUGGAUCAGUGUUUGGAGACACUUCUGCUCCAAUUAAUUCAAACGUUAGACGGCACGAUCUUCUGACAGUUUCGUUUGAUAGCAGCUUGGGUAAACUAUCGCAGAUGGAUAUCCCUUCGUUCAACAGCCUUUCUGAGAAGUCCAAUCAGAUCAUCUCCCCCUAUGAGAGUGUAUUAAAUGUGCCGGUUGAAGCAGAAGUCAUGUGCGCCUCUCAAACUAUCCAGUCUACCGUGAACUUGACUUUGGAGGAAAAUACCGAGCGGAAUAACGCAUCUGAAACUGGAGACGCACUUCACGCCGCAUCAAAACGCCCUGAGGUGUCGGACACUUGUACUAACGGCACAGAUAAUGCUCCGUCUGACCCAAAAGCACCCUUCACCCAUAAACUCUCUUCCGAUGAUUCUAAAGUCGCCAAUAGCAUUACUAAGGACGUAGCUAUUGUCACAUCUCCCACUGAAGAGCGGAUAGCCUUAAGCUCUGUGGAAGUUGCUGUAUGCAGCGCUACUGUACCCGAAAAAAGUAAUAGUGGGCCUUGUCUAGGGAAAAGCUCUGCGGCCGAGGGGUCCUGUAGACCCGAAGCUCAGACAACACAGGCAGAAAAAAAUGACCAAUCUGAUAAGAACACGAUUGAGUUACACGAUUCUCCAGAGUCAAAAAGUGGCUCUCCGGACGUGCAUGACAAGCAAAUCCCAUUACAGUCUCCAGUUACUCUCACUAGCAUAAGCCGCCAAGACGAUGUUGCCUCCAAGCAGCAACCCUCUGUUUGCAAAGUCCUCGAGACCAGUCGCGGUAAGCAGGCUGCUAAUUCUUCCCAAGCCAAGGUUACUGGUGAGUCAAAAGCUCGGGAUUUACCCAACCGCCCUCGGAAACAAAUCCCAGAGUCUUCUGAAUACAUAGAGGAGUACACCUAUGGCAUAAUGAACACGCCCGUAUUAAGCCCACGACGAAACAUUGAUCAAACCAGCGCACGUACGCACCACACCAUUUCCGCCACUUCCUUAACGUCGGCCAGCACUGAAAGUGUCCAUUCCCAGUUUUUUGAACCAUUGGACGCUGAUGACGAGGCCUCAGAUGAAAAAAGUACUAUUUUGAAGUGCAUCACAGACAACUGCUUCCUAGAGUUCCUCAUAACCGAGGGGCUCGAACUGGAUGCGUGCAGCAAAAAGGGCGUGGUGGAAGUGGUUAUAGCGCAGUAUAAUAAUAAGCUUGACAAAGUAGAGAGCACUAUUCCUAAACUGGCUGCACAGUUAAGGGAAACAGAAUCAAAUAUUACUCAACAGAAGGAGAAAGUCAAACAGCUGCAAGAAGAGAUAGAAUUUGUGAAGGGAGAGAUUGUCAAAAACGAGAAUUUGUUUCAGGACUUUACAACCGAGCAACAAGGGUUAAGUAAACAGAGAAAAGCUCUUAAAAGGAAAGUUGCCCGUUGUGAACGUACCAUGACAAAGCUACUGGGAAAAGCUAAGAAACCCCGUGUGGAAUGA